CGCAAAAAAAGAAAAAGAAAAAAAAAGUCAGAGUGGCGCGUAAUAAGUGGAGAAGAAUGUUUCUGUCUCUUCCUACGUUGACUGUCCUUAUUCCAUUGGUCUCGUUAGCAGGGCUGUUAUACUCGGUCUCUGUGGAAGAAAACUUCCCACAGGGCUGCACUAGCACAACCAGCCUGUGCGUUUACAGUCGGCUGUUGCCGGUUACCAUACCCGUUUAUGUGUUCUUCCACCUUUGGACUUGGAUGGGUAUUAAACUCUUCAGGCAUAAUUAAUACAACCAGAGCCAAGAUGGUAUAUCCUAAUGAUAUGCUUGAGUGUCUGUCUCUGAAAGCUCAACUACAUGGAAAUACUGGACACCCACUUAAUUUGCAAGAAAGAUGCUUUGCCUAGCUUCUGUCAGAGGUUUAGGACUAUGGGAGGCUUAAGCCGCAGAGGCUUCUUUAUUGUACUUUGGUUCUGCCCUUGUUCUUUGAAGGUUCUCAUUUAUGCCUGGGGUAUCAGGAGAAACAUUUCAGCAAAGUGUCUCGUUGGAAAUUAAUAGCCCCAGCCAUCAUCUGAUGACUUUAUUUCUUAUCCCAUUCAUAAUUAAAAGUCACUAAUUUUAAAUCUUAUAUGUUUAUUUUACAUUCAGAGUCUGGUAAAGUCACAUGUUAAGGAUGACUGAAAUAAUUCCAGAGGAGCUCUGUUGGAGU